GCAACAGUAAUGAGCUAGCAGUAUAUAAGGAAGUAAGUAGCUACGACCCAGUCAACAGUCAACGCUUCACUGGAAACAACUGGAAGCAGCAUGCAGCCGCAGGUUAUCACGGCACUUGUCGCCUUGCUGCUGUGCGUGGCCUCCACUUCUGGUACAGCCAGAAGGACGUAUGGAGCGCGACAGCAUGAAGAGACGGAUUACAACGAUUAUAAUCACAUAGGAGUGAACACGCAUUGGAUUAAUUGCGUCUACAAAAUCCUGCCUGGCGACCCGCAGAGAUACUACUGCUGCCCGAUAUAUCCCACGGACGGCUCGCGCGCCGCGCCGCGGUCUAUAUCGCCGGAGGGAUGCAGCGUGAAGACCUUCCCGGAAGACGACCCUCCCAAGCACCACUGCUGCCCGACGACCGACGUCAUCGGCAGCCGUCGGCAUGGAGUCGUCGUGCACCUGGCGCCCCAGUAAGGAGCUCCGGCCAGCCCCGCCGUUCAGCCACAACGGCGGCUUCAGGAUGACUUUUCGGGAGGGGUAUUAUCGCACAAAGAAAAGUCGUAGUUGCAAAAAAAUGAAACUUGUCAUUUAUCGACCUCGGAUUUUUAUUUACAAACUGUGCCGGAAAUUAGGCAUUUCAACACCUUGUUUUAAAUUUUUAUUAUAAUUUUAAAUAAUUUUGGUAAUUUUAUUUUUUCAAAUUAUCUGGUUACUAAAAGGGUGAUUUACACUUUGUUAGGCUGGUGUACUCUACGUAGUUAAACUUUGUGCCGGUGGACCGAAGCACCUUUCUCAGGGACCUAUCUGAUAUUUUGCUAGUCUAAUGUGGACGUGGGCAGGCCGGUUGAAAUUUCUCUCUCCUGCAGUCACAUCCCGGGUUUGUAAUAUUAAUUCCCUGCAUGACGAAAACCGCAGAGAGCAGCUUCUGGCCUGGAAGCUGCUACUUCUUAGAGGCCUUCUGAGAGUAGCGAGUCUCGGCACGAACGAGUCUCCAGUGGACCUCCGUUCCCAGCCUAGUGGCGUUUUCUGUCCACCCUCCCCUCUCUCUCAACCCACUUAGUUCUGAGAAAUUAUGCUAGGAGCAGUGACCUGAUGUGAACCUCGCCAAGACGGUGACCUACUCCAAGGACAUUCUCCCUUGUCCUACAGAGACCUCCACGACAAUUAGCGGCAGAAAAAGCAACUUCGGCCUUGUUGGCCAGCGAGCAGAGACUACGCCAGUGACACCUGGCAGCGGUUCAGUUCACCGCCUCCGUUAGUUCCCCUUUAGGCCACCAGAGGGCACCACCAGCUACGCCUUGAGGCCCUAUGCUUCCUCCCUGCGGCCUCUAAUAGACGAUUGUAUGUAGCUUCCUGUUACCGCCGGUAGAGAGAGCGCAUGUCGUGUUGUUGUCAUGACCACCUCGGACUCCUUCGCAUGUUUUCGGCCCUGAGCCGAAUCUUCCCCCUCUUUUUUCCCUAGGGCCGACCGCCCGAUUUUAUUAGGAGCUUUGUCCACCAUCGCCGGCACUUUGUACUCUGACGGCUACUUACCACGUCUUCUCGGCGUCCUCUGUGGUAAGAGGCUUUUCGCGGCAAUGGCGAAAUCGUGUGCACAAGAAUGUAGUCAGUUGUCUUAAGGGAUGGUAUCCCUAGUUGGACAGUAGCCAGUCAGGAAUAGUCAUUAGAAUAAGUCAUGUUUUAGUUAAAUUUUAUUUUAUUUUUAUUUUACUAAAAAUUUGGUUUCUUUCGCGUCAUCCGCGAUUUCCUCGGUCCGCGCUAUCCUGAUGUCGGCGCGAGACACCUCCUGAGCCCUGGAGCUAUACCCUGUUUGAUGAGUGACUUCGAUUUAUUUUCUCCCCGAAUUUCCGUUUGUUGGCCUUUCGCGCCGACUGUGUAUGACUGUCUGGAAGCAGGUCUAAUUCGUUUUGAAUUUGACUUGUCUUUCAGACAGGGUCCAAGUGCUGGGGAGACAAAUUGCUCCCAGCUUGUUGUCCUGGACCUCGAGCUCCGAGUCCCUUUAGAAGAGAUCUUUCCCGGCAUGACGUCUUACCUUGAAGACCCGGGUGAUAAUGUAAAAUAAACAUCUCCCCCCUUUCUAUCUACGAACUACAUUAAACGAAUGAAUAGCCUACCAGCGAGCAGUGACUUAAGAACUUAAUCCUCAAGAACAUUUAGAAUCAAGGAAACUAAUUAUCUAUGUAAUCAUGGGAUGAAUCAAAUUUUGGUGUGAUACUUCAAAUUUUUGUUUAUGUAAUCGUCGUUUGUUAAAGUUGAAUAUGUGUUGUUUUAAUAAUAUCGGGCCGGCCCAUUCUCAAAUAACUUAAAUAUAUUGUUAAUACCCUUCAAUGGGAAACUUACAAAUGCCAAAUCAAAUGGAAAACCGAAUUAAUUAUUUACAUUUUUAAAUAAAACAGGGAACCUAUAUACCAAGCUA